ACGACUUCCGGCGGCUCCUCUCGCGGGGAUUGGUUGUUGGCUGCGUUGCGGCUAAACUCGUGUGCGGCGGCGGAGUCGGCGGCAGAGUCGGCAGUGACUGCAGCAGGAGUUUGGCGCGAUGUCUCACACCAUUUUGCUGGUACAGCCUACCAAGAGGCCAGAAGGCAGAACUUAUGCUGACUAUGAAUCUGUGAAUGAAUGCAUGGAAGGUGUUUGUAAAAUGUAUGAAGAACAUCUGAAGAGAAUGAAUCCCAACAGCCCCUCUAUCACAUAUGAUAUCAGUCAGUUAUUUGACUUCAUUGAUGACCUGGCAGACCUCAGCUGCCUUGUUUACCGAGCUGAUACCCAGACAUACCAGCCUUAUAACAAAGACUGGAUUAAAGAGAAGAUCUACGUGCUCCUUCGUCGACAGGCCCAACAGGCCGGGAAAUAGUUGAGUUUGGAAGCAUUAGGGGGAUGGGGGUGGGCUUGGAACACAGGUGUGUACAGUGUGCUGUAGUAGAAGUUUUGUAUUAUAGUAAUCCUGUUUCCAUUUUGGUACACUCUAGCCAGGAUUGAAUGUAUUAGAUGAGAUAUGAGGAUCUCGUUCAAUCUGAAACCCCCUUUGCCCCCUUCUCUCCACUCCUUUUUUUUUUACUUAAACAUUUUUAUGAUGAUUUAGAUGGAGGUUGGUUUUUGUCAGUUAAUGUUGGUUCCAGUCCUUCAGACUGUUCAUAUCUGCUUUAUAACAUUCACUGUACUAACCCUUCUUCACAUCAGGGUGGGGGUGGUGACGUGGUUUAGUUAUGUCCUCAAGACAAAGUCUUAGUGAGAAACAAAUAAAUGUCCUUUAGUUAUAU